AUUAGCUUUCUCAUUCCCACAAUGUCUCUCCCACCCGCUCCCAAAGAUAUCUCUUCCAAGCCCAAGGCGGGCGCCGUCACCGACCCCGUCAACAAGGCGGACAAGGACGCCGAUGUCGACAGGAAGAUUCGCUUCUAUGGCGUCAUCGCCGCCUUCCGCGAGGGCCGCAUGCCCGACAACUCUCAGAUCGACCGCACGCUGAAAUACGUGCUCGACAACUCCCCCGUUCCCACCGACGAGCUCUCGCCAGAGGGCAAGCGCCUCAUCCAGGAUACCCGCGAUAUCAUCGACACCGCGCGCAAGAUCGUCAAGGAGAAGAACGCCGACGAGUUGGUGCAGAACUUCUUCUGGCACACCCGCGACGUCUCCGCCCACCAGGCUGUAACCUCUGGUCAGCCAGACAUCCCCGUUGGAAAGGACAAGGUCAAGAGCGACGGUCAACAAGCCGUCCAACAUCUUCGCACACUCAUCACUCUCGUCUUCACAAACGCGGAGGCGCGCAAGCUGCUCUCCGACUUCGGUCUUAUCGGUCGCGACCUUCUCGCCCGGGGUGCAUCCAAGGCGGCGGAGAACAUCGCCCCGCCAGAGCAUCGCCUCGCCACCGUCGACGAGAGCGCGCCGAAGGACCAGUUUGUCUCCAAGGAUGGCCGUCACGUUGGCCCAGACGAGACGCCCGUCCUCGAGACUCGUAUCCCCGGCACCGACCACAAGAUUGAGCGCCACCCGCGCGACGAGCGGACCGUCGUUCGCGACGAAACCGGCCAGCCCGUCGGUACCGCCGGUGAGAUUUACGAGCAGCGCAAGACUGAGGCGUCGCGUGUGGCCGAGGAGGGCAAGCAGCGCUUGCAGCAGGAGAAGGAAGAUGUUCAGAGGCAAGAGGACCUUGACAACGCCGCCGACGAGACAAAGGCGAAGAAGAAUGGCGUCAUGGACAAGCUUCGUGGUCUGCGCGACGAUAUGACGAACCGCGUGCCCCAGGAGCACAAGGACAACGCACGCGAGAAGUACGAGCGGGGACAUCAGUUCCUCACCGACGAAUACUUCCCGCCCGAGCGCCGUGACCAGUUCAUCUUCCGCAUGAAGAAGGUCAUCAUCGAGUGCCAGAAACACGAGGACUACCAGGAGUCCUUGACAUGGCUCCUCGACGUGCUCAAGGAGUACUUCGAGCACGGUCAGAACGCCACCGCCCAGCACAAGGAGAAUGUCAAGCAGGCGUCUGAGGGUGACCACGCCCUGAAGACUGCCUGGGGCGAGCUCCGCACGCUACUCGAGCGCUUCGCGAAUGGCCAGAGCAUGAACGGCAUCUACGACUCCAUCGAGAAGCUCGCGGACGAUGCUCGUCGCGACCAGGAGCUCCGGCGCUGGCUCGAGGACGUUGGCACCUACACUCGUCGCACUCUGCUUGAGCCCGGCUUCAUCCUGGAGCCGCAGUGCAACAACGAGGCCAACCGCCUCCGCGAGGACGGCCGCCAGUUCUACGACGGCAAGUACAGGAACCACUUCGACGACGUCUUCUCUUCGUUCGCCAACUUCGGUCGUGCGAUGGGCGAGGACCCGCUCAACGCUCGCUUCGGUCAAGACUGGGCGCGUCUCACAAAGGACCUCCUCUUCGACAGCGAGGGCCGCCUCUCGUUCAAGCCUGAGCUUUGGAACGACAUCCGUCGCACCAUCCUCCCGGCUAUCGUCGACAAGGUCGGCUACAUGCCCCUUCCUCGCAUCGAGUACACGGAUGACUCGUUCGACCUUGUCGUGGAGAACCUCGUUCUCUCUGGCCGCAACACCUUCCCGAACAUCGUCGAGUUCGAGACCAAGAACUACGUCAAGUUCAGCCCCUACAACACAAUCAAGGACGACCAGCACCACGAGUUCACGCUCACGCUGGGCCAGAUCCAGGCUGACAUGCGCGAUGUCGCCUUCUACUUCCGCAAGAAGACCGGCAUGCCCAAGAUCAGCGACUCCGGCUUGGCCGACAUCGUCCUCGGCGGCCAGGGCGUGACCGCGACCGUUCACCUUUCGAGCACGAAGGACACGUCCUCCGUGUUUAAGGUCAAGAACGUCAAGGUCAACGUCGACACGCUCAAGUUCAGCAUCCGCGACUCGAAGCACGACCUCUUGUACAAGACGCUCAAGCCGCUCGCGACUGGUCUCGUCAAGAAGCAGAUUCAGAAGGCGCUCCAGGACGCUAUCACCACGGGCAUGGAGUACGUCGAUGGGCAGCUUGUCGGCGUUCGUGACCGCAUGGAAGAGGCGAAGAAGAGCGAUGAGCAGAGCCGCCGCGACGUCCUCAUGCAGCUCUUCCAGUCGAAGAAGGAUGAGGCGUCGGUCAAGACGAAGGACUCGGACGCGCAGUUCAAGUUCACGACCAACAAGCGCUCCUCGCUCUUGCCCGACAAGGGCCACCCAAGCAGCAUCGUCAACCGCACGGCGGAGCGCGAGGAGGCUGCCGUCCACGGCCGUGAAUGGCACAGCGACGCCUUCGCCAUCGUCUAAGGCUCGCACGCGCUCGUUGGCUUUGUGGCCUGCUUUGGCGUGAUGGACUUGUAAUGACUGGAAUUACCCGAUACCAUUGUACACCUUCAGCUUCCAAAACUAAUCUUGUACUUGUAUAUUUUUACUACCGUAUGCUUUUGUAACGACAUGUAGUUCUUAGUUCGCACGUAUACCAGCUGUUGUUGAUCUUUCUC